AUGUCUUCUAAAUAUGUUUCACUCGCCAUCGGUUCGCAUACUUGGUCUUCCAACAACAUUACAGAGGUUGAGAGUCUCUUGAAUGUUAUGCGCAACCAUGGAAUCAAGAUCAUUGACACUGCCAGAAGCUAUGGCCUCGGUGCAUCAGAGACCGUUAUCGGACUCAAAAAGCUGGCUGGUGAAUUCGCCAUUGAUACAAAAGCUGCUACCGGCGUGGCACCUGGUACGGGGCAGAAGAUUUUAGAAUUUGCCAAAGAGAGCUUAGAAGCUCUGCAAACUACCAAGGUUCGAGUUUUCUUUUUGCAUGCCCCGGAUGAAGACACGCCAGUACAUGUGCAAAUGGAAUCCAUCCAAACUCUGUAUAAGCAGGGGGCUUUUGAGGUGUUUGGAGUAUCCAACUUCACUCCGGAGCAGGUGAUUGAAUUCUACAACUACGCCAAAUCCAAAGAUUAUGUCCUUCCUACAGUAUAUCAGUCUAGUUAUUCUCUGGCUGUUCGUCAGAACGAAACUAGGCUGUUCCCAACUCUCCGCAAACUGGGUAUCGCAAUCCAGGCUUACUCACCAAUGGCAGGAGGGCUGCUGUCAAAAACUCCAGAGUAUAUUGAAGCGGGAAAGGGCAAUUGGGAUCCUAAUACCAUCACUGGCAAGAUCUUUCGGGACCUCUACUAUAAGCCGUCGUAUUUGAAGAUGUUGGAGGAAUUUGGGAAGCUCUCUUCAGAAACCGGUGUAAGCCGAUCAGGGUUGGCUUAUCGUUGGGUAAGAUAUCAUUCAGCGCUUAAGUCAGAGCUAGGAGAUGAAAUGAUCCUGGGCUCUGUGACCGCUCAGCAAUUGGAGGAGGCCUUGGCAGAGCUUGAUAAGGGCCCUCUUGAGGCUUCAGUAGUUGAACAGCUGGAGGGCCUUUGGCAGCUGAUCAAAGAUGAUGCGCCAAUUGACAAUCUUAUCUCCGUCCGCAAGGUGGUUGGGGGAUCAGCAUAG